CGGUGUUCGCGUCUUCAACUCAGCACUUCCAUGCCACCACCAACCAACACACUCCUUUGACCACUCCAACGAUCAUUAGCACAUGGAGAACCUCAGUCUCCAUGAUGCUGGCCCGCCAGGCGGCCCGCAGAUGCCACCCGGUCCUCCAGGACCACCACAGCUUCCACCGCAGAUGUUCACGACUGCCGCGCAGCUCUUAGACCUUACCGACAAGAAACUCAUGAUUGCCCUGCGCGAUGGCAGAAAACUCAUCGGAGUCUUGAGGAGCUGGGAUCAAUUUGGAAACCUGGUGCUGCAAGACACGGUCGAGCGCUUAUUCGUGCAGAACCUCUAUGCGGACAUCGAGCGAGGACUGUUCCUCGUCCGAGGAGAGAACGUCCUUCUGCUUGGAGAGAUUGAUCUGGACAAAGACGAUUACAUUCCCGAGCCAUUCGAGCAAGCUUCAGCAGAAAAGGUCUUCCAACUUAAGAAACAAGAAGAGCAAGAUAGGAAGAAGAGUGACAAAAUUCGGCAAAAGCGACUGGCCGAAUUUGGCUUCGAAGGGGAGAACAGCGGGGAGAUCAUAUUCUAGCAUGAGAAGACGUGCUAGUCUGCUACUGCUACGUUACAUACUCCUUGAACAUUGCAGGAGUCAGUUUCCGAAAUCGAAGAAUGAGGAUUUGUCCUUCCCGGUUGCAUUAACGGCCGCGUGCAGACGGCGAGCACCUUACUGUGCGACCUGCACCACGUGAAUGCGACAUUCGCCCAGUUAUGCUUGGCAGUAUUGAAUGCGAGCCUGAGGACGACGGGGACAAGGUGGCUUUGAUAAGUCCAGAGAUCACAGACUCAGAUAUAUAGGCAGCCAUUGUCACAUGAAAGUCAUGCGUCGGUG